AUGGAAGGCGAAGAGGGAACGCAGCAACCCCAGCUUGUACUAGCACACAAGUUAUUUCUCCUCACUCAUCCCGACGUUGAUGACAUCGAAAAAGUCCGCCUCCGUGAUGAGGUUUUCAAUUCCAUUAUCUCCAACGAUAUGGCUCCUUUGUACGAAACCCUAGUUUCCAACAAGGUUUUGAAUUUGGAUCAGACAGCCCUAGAUUCAAUGCGUACCAAGAUCAACGAAGAGCUUACAAAGUUGGAUGAAAAGAUUGCCGAUGCAGAAGAAAACUUGGGUGAAAGUGAAGUUCGGGAAGCUCACUUGGCGAAAUCCUUAUUUUUCAUUAGAAUUGGUGACAAGGAAAAGGCACUGGAACAACUCAAGUUAACAGAAAGUAAGACUGUUGCGGUUGGACAAAAGAUGGACUUGGUUUUCUACACAUUACAGAUUGGUUUCUUCCACAUGGACUUCAAUCUCAUCUCUAAAAGCAUUGAUAAAGCAAAGAACUUGUUUGAAGAGGGAGGUGACUGGGAGAGGAAGAACCGUUUGAAGGUGUAUGAAGGACUAUAUUGCAUGUCCACCCGUAACUUCAAGAAAGCAGCCAAUCUUUUCCUUGAUUCUAUCUCUACUUUCACGACUUACGAGAUAUUUCCCUAUGACACCUUCAUAUUUUACACGGUCCUUACGAGCAUUAUAUCCUUGGAUAGAGUUUCCCUGAAACAAAAGGUUGUGGAUGCUCCUGAGAUCCUGACUGUCAUUGGCAAAAUCCCAUAUUUAUCGGAGUUUAUGAACUCUCUGUAUGAAUGCCAGUAUAAAUCAUUUUUUUCAGCUUUUGCUGGCUUGACGGAGCACAUCAAGUUGGACCGCUAUUUGCAUCCCCACUUCCGAUAUUACAUGAGGGAGGUCAGAACUGUUGUUUAUUCCCAGUUCUUGGAAGCCUACAAGAGUGUUACAAUUGAGGCUAUGGCUAAAGCAUUUGGGGUGACAGUAGAUUUCAUCGAUUUGGAGCUGUCUCGUUUCAUUGCAGCGGGGAAGUUACACUGCAAGAUAGAUAAAGUUGCAGGUGUAUUGGAAACUAAUCGUCCUGAUGCAAAGAAUGCCCUUUACCAAGCAACGAUCAAGCAAGGCGAUUUCUUGUUGAACCGCAUUCAAAAGUUAUCCCGUGUGAUUGAUCUUUGA